AUGGAUACUCUCCUGGCAGACCUGCUGCUCGCCAAGGAGCGCACGGCCUACCACCGAGCAGUCGUGACAGAGAUAACGACAACCGCGCGGGACGGCUCCGCAGCGUGCCACAGCGAGGCCGUCACCUCGCUCCCCCACCUGUCCGUCGUGCCGCAACCGUCACCGCCGCUGCAGCCAGACGCCGUCGAUGCAAGCGCGGCUGUCAGCACGAAUGCGGCUGCACACGCCUCCGCGGCGGACGUCGAUGGUGGUCGAACGGAGCACAAGAAAGGGAAGGAAACGCGACGCGGCAGUAGCGACGGCGAGGAGGGCAACGCACCAGCCCUGUCCGCCACGGUCUUCGUGCAGCCGCGAUCGGGCACUGGUGAUGCGGAAGGCCUUAGCGGUCGUGUCACUCGUACUCGCCAGCGCCGUCGUCGCGGCGGCAAGGACAACGCAGCGGACGUCGUACCGGCCACAGCACGAGCGAUCGGUGACGCCGGCGGUGGAGGUGUAGCCGACGGCGCCGCCGCCGCCUGGGCGGGCCUCCGUCGCACCCUGCCAUCACAAGCCGCUGCGACGGAUGCGGACACCCACAGGGACUACGACUACCUGCCCGAGGGCGAGGAUGCCGAGCGGGUCAUCGCCGAACGGAUGCGGGCUCUCCAGGCACAGCAGCUAAGCGACGCGACGGACGCCGAGGGCUCGUUGCGCGGCACAGCCGCCUUCGUACGUCUGUCAGCCCGCUUCAGUCGAGGCCCGGUGCCCGCCUGGCUGAAAGAGUACAGCGACCUCCUGCUCUUCGACCGCCACCACCUCGACCGCGACGUAGCCGCAGCGCUGCAGUGCAGUGGGGUAGGCACAACUUGGAGGUGCUGCUGCGCGAGUAACGACUCCGAGGGACUUGUGCAGCUGCCCGUCGACGCGGUUGUGCUGCGGCUGCGCAGCGACAUCGCACGAGUGCGCCGUCUGCGCGAUGAGCUGCGCCGCAGCGGCGGCGUUCGCGUGCUCAUCUCACCUGACUCGCACCCGGCACGGUGUGAGGUGUACCGUCCUGCGGAACCGGACUGGGGCGCUGCCCCCGCGCCUCCCACGGCAGGCGAGAUCUCUGCGGCGGUCGCGAGAGAGGUGCAAGAGCUCGCGGCAGGUGGGAUGGAGGUGGCUCUAGGUGACACGGACAGAGGUGAGCGUGGUGCUCGACCGGCUGCGCCCCCAUCACCUCCAGCACCAGUAUCACCACCACCACCACCGCCGUCGACCCCGCCUCUAUCGCGGGCCGUGGAGGCGAAGGACCUGCAGCGUUCACUGAUGGCGCAGACAAUACCAGUCUGGCGCCGCCACGGCGCGGCGGCGAAGCUGCUGACGGAGCUGCUUGACCAUCUCGAGAGCCGACUUCGCGCCUUCGAGGCGCAGCUCGGCGACCCAGCGCAAGGUGCGCUGUUGGAUCUUGUCGGCGCUCCUGACUCGGCAGGGGUGGAUGGCACGGUGCAGAACACGUACCCACCGGCGCUAGAGCGGGCGAUCCGCACAACCAUCACGAACACGAUGAUGAGCGACAUCUUUGCGACGUCCUGGAGCGCGUUGCCGAAUCGCGGGCCCCGGCUCAGCGAGGCUCUGCGGCGGCGGCAGACACCGCUCAUCCACGCGGACUACGUCACCAUGACAGACAUGCGGCCCGCUUACGACUUCACCGCGCUGCAGUCGGUGCAGCGCGUCAGCAGGGCCGCGCCCUCGACGCCAGGGGCAAGCCUCGUCUACACCGCACACCACCAGCAACAGUGGCGCAGCGGUGGCGGUGGUGCUGCUGCCGUCGGAGGGGACACGCGCAAGUCGUACUCGGUGCACGUCGACUACGUUCGUUUCCAGCCUUCCCUGGAGAGCAUCCGUGGCGCGAGCGUACUCGGUGCCCAUCUCGGGGUAGGAGACAGCGCGGCGGCGGCGGUGGGUACUGCUGGUGGGGGUGGCGGUGGGGAACGCCGUUCCAGUGUGCUAUGCAGCUCCGAGGAUCCGCUGUCGAGCCUCCUGUUGGGUUCCUCCUCGAACGUGUUCUUGCCUCGCGACACACACGCCAGCGGCAACGGCACAGCCGCGGACGCUCACGACGCCCUGCUGCUUCAGCAGCAACGCCGCAACGGCAACCUGCACAGCACCGCAGCGGCCCUGCUGUUCGCGCUAUCCGCGGCAACGGCGCAGCACAGCCUCGUGGCCUUCAGCCCGGAAGAGUACCUUACCUCACUGCUGCUGCAGUACUACGAGCAGUAUCGCCUCCUGCAACUGAACCUGCUCCCUUCCCUCAAGAAUCGCUUCUUCUACCAGGAGCAGGUGCUCCAGCUGCAGCGGCAGUCGCAGCGUACUAGCGACAUGGAACAGCUGCAGCUGCGACUGGAAUCCCUGGCGAAGACGUCGGCGGACGUGGAGCGCGGCUGCCUCCAGGUGAUGAUCGUCCUGUGGAACUCCGUCCUCAUGCUUCGGCGACAGAAGCAGGCGCAAGGGCAGCGCGCGGCUGAAAAGCUGGACGUGGCGACGACCGACACGCCCAUCAUUGUCGAGAACCAGCACCGGAGCAGUCGCAGCAACAGCCGCAACCGUGGGGCGCAGCCCCCUGUGACGGCGAUGGCGCAGGAGAUGCCCUCGCACCCGCCCGUCUUCGGCGCCGAGGUGUCGGCAGCGGCGUCGGAGGAUGAAAUCGCCGUGCAGGUCAACGAUGAGCUCAUCGCCAAUAUACCCGUGGUGCAUCGCGUGGACAGCAGUGUCACCUACGAUGGCCAGGUUGACCGCCAUGGCGCCAGUCUCGGUUCUCAGCCGCAGCAGCAGGGCAACCCGCGCGUCUCUAGUCCGCGUUCCUUCGUGCUUCCUCCCGGCUCGCCACCUGCCCAGCCCUCCACCUCGGCGAGCGCGUCGCCCCUCCUCGGACCGGCAACAAGCGUCUCCUCGGGCGAGGCCGGUGUUGGCGACAGCAGCACUGACAGCAGUGGUAGAGGGGUUGUGUCGCCCCCCUGGCCGCAGCCGCAGCGUUUCCGCUUCUUCCUUCGUCGGCACGGCACAGCCGAGGAAACACCGUACGUCACCGGGGAUGAUCUCCUCCACUACGCUGCCGAGGUGGAGGGCGCGGAUGUGCUGCAGACUGACAGACAGCCCGGCGAGAGGGGUGGCGGCGCGGCGGCGGUGCCUCCAGUGGCACAGGAUGCGCUCAGGUACUUCCAACUGGUCGUCUUUACCCGCUCGCACGCGGCGAUGGUGCCACAGUACGUUGGCUGCACCACACCGCGCCCCAUGACGGCCGCCAAAGUCGUCUUCUUCAACGAAACCUUCGAGGUGCGUGCGCUGCAUGAGCCGGCGGAACUGCUGCUGCACCUGAUCCCCGUCACCGCCGGCCCUUCGAAGCACACGGUCGUGUCGACAGUGCGGCUGCGACCGACGCUGGCCCGCACGUACAGCCUGUUGCCGCUGCAGCCGCCGACAGCCUUCGUCUUUCAUGGGCGGCUCUUCGCGCACCAUCAGCGAGCGGCUGCCGGCACCAACGGCGCCGCCUCAUCGACAACGACGGCCACCUCGGUGCACGGGGUGCUGGCCGCCUCGACGACGUGGACGGGCAGCCAGGGCAUGACAGUCGCGCAAAUCGAGCACCUUUUCCUUGGCGGCGGCAGCAGCGGGCCUGCGGCAGAUCCGCUCGACCCGCAGUACCUCCCGCUACUGUGCACACUGCGCGCCCAUUAUGAAGAGCAGGGCAUGGGUCGCGCUAGCGCAGCCAGCGGUGGCGGUGCCGGAACGGCUCCGUUGUCGUCGCAUCGCCGACACUCUGCCGACGGGUCGGCGAGGCUGCAGCGGCAAGUCUCGACGCCGAAUCCCACAAACGCGCUUGCAGGCAUGCCAGCUGGGCGCGCUGGCAAGGCGCACCAGACCGCGCUCGGUGGGAGUCGCCGAAGCUUCAAACACAUCGCGUUCUCGGGCCAGCUGCUGCAGAGAGUCGGCAGCGCUGUCGGAGCGGCGGCGACAGCGCUGCCCGCUCCCGACGGAACGCGCCGCACGAUGCACGUGCUCACGGCGGCAGCAGAGGCCGCCGGCGGUGGUUGUGGCAGCCGCGACUGCUACGCCGCGGAUGAUUCUCUGCAGCCCUUGCCGAGUGCCCGGCUCGAGCACCUACGCCGGCGAUGGCUGGCUCACACGAACAAGGUCAAAGCCGUCGACGAGGUCGAGGCGCGUCUCUUCGCGCGUGCGAUGCCGCUAGACGACGCGGAUGUGUAUCGGCUGCAGAAGGCGUUGAAGCGCUCAGUCAGAACCGAAGAGGCAGAACGGGUGAAGGGCUACGGCGCGGCGGCAGGGGUGCUCUUCAACGUCCAGCACUACUACUCGGCACCGUCGGCCAUCUCCGGGCUCCCACUGAGCCCGCUACCGCGGGAGACGAAGUUGAAGCUGUGGCAGGAGCGACAGCGGCGGAUGCUGCUCACGCGAAAGGCACGGCAUCACCUGACGGACGCCGAGAAGCUGGAGGCGGUGGUGCGGGUGCCGAAGCUCGUGCUGAAGCUUGUCUUCUACUUUGCGCCGCGCAGUCAGCUGAACCCGCAUCGAAAGGUGCGGCCCAAGACGGAGGACAUCGACCGCGCUCUGCUGGCGCGUCGGCGUGACAGCCGCAUUGUCAUACACAUCAUGAAGGCGCACAACCUGCCUCGGCGCGCCGACGGCACGCCGCUGGAGCCGUUCGUGCAGGCCAGCUUCGUGUCCGAGGUGGCCUACACGCGCAGCGAGGUAGGCAGCAACCCUUCGUGGUUCCAGUCGCUUGAGCUGCCCUUUCAACCGCUGAACUUUGAGGAGGACACGCUCGGCAUGAUCGACGACGACGUUAUCAUUUCGCUCUACGACAAGGUCGAGGUAAAGAUGGCGCCGUCCGCCGCGGCGACGGCGGCCGUAGCGCACGAGACGCACUACCGCACAGAGCGGCGCUUCAUCGGCACCUUGCGCAUCCCAUUCUACUCUCUGCAUCAAGCAAGUCAGGCGCGCAUGGAGGGCGUCUACCCGCUGCGCAUGCCGCGCUGGCUUCUCGGCUACCACACGCUGCUGCCACACCGUGACUCGACGGAGGACGAGGCAGCAAAGCAGCACUUCAUCCCUGGGUGUGGAACCACGAGCGGUGGCACGGCCACGCUGGCACCGAACCCGUUCGGCAGUUUCGAUCGCCUCCCUGCACACCGCGCCGAGGGGGCUUCGGGCGCAGCAACAGCAGCCGCAUCCCCACAGCAACUGGCGACGUCCGCCUCAGCCGUGCUGGCGCUGACAGUAGACAAUACGAGCAGCGACCGACAGAGCACCGAGCCUACGCUGCAGCUGUACAUGUCCCUCUGGCCACCGUUGCAGCGCGAGCCGCCGCCGGGGCUCAGCCGCGCAGAGCUGACCCGCCAAGUAAGUGAGUUGAAUGUGUCGCCGCAGCUGCGUUACCUGCACCAAGUGGCGCUGAAGUGGCAGCAGGCGGCCAUGAAGAAGGUGAAGGCGAUCGGCGCAAUGAACGCGCAGGCUUCGACGCGGCAGAUCGAGCCCUUCGUGAAGUGCUCGACCGGCGACUUGAUGCUGGUGUGCCGCUACAUUCUGCCCCGCGGUGGGCCCCCGCCGCCGUGCGUGCGCACCGUGUACGAGGCUAUCCGCUACGUCUCGCUAAUCCCGCUCGUCGCGGAUAUGCUGUCGUGGGGUGAGAAGGACGUGUGGAACACGAAUGCAGAGCUGCUGGCGAUGCGCUCGGGCGACUGCGGGGAGCUCGCGCUGCUGCUGACGCACUUCUUGCGCUGCUUGGCGCCGGACCGGCCGACCUAUGCCGUCCUCGGCAGCGGCACCACCACUUGCCAGCAGACCAUCAUGGUGCUCCACGCCUUCGACGACGCCGAGUGGAUGCUGAUCGACCCCCACUCCGGCUGGACCGUGUCGGCCGGCAAGCCCUAUGGCACGGCGCUGCGCGACGUGUAUAUGGUCGUCUCGCAUGACCAGCUGUGGGCGAACGUGCAGCUGUCGGGCUUUCCACACCGCAUGACGUGGGACCUUGCGAACCCGGCGCACUGGCUACCGUGCUUCGACAGCGCCAAGGACGCGCGCAUCGCCGUAUGCACGCCGCACCUGUUUCCGAUUCAGCGCGAUGUGCUGACGUUCCCGGCGGCCGACCCGGUCAAGUCUCGCGAGAUUGAGCUGGAGCUGCGCGCGUGUCUGAAGAAAGCACUGCUGACGUGGCGCAACGGAUGCCCGCCGUCGUACCACCGCGGUGUCGAGGCGAUCCUGCGAGAGUUGCUGGAGUCGGCCGAGGCAGAGCGGUGCACAUGCGCGUCGGCGCGGCGCAGCGACAUCACACUGAGCGCCGCGGUGCGGCUGAGCGAGUACUUUGGUGAGAACAUCACCGGCGAGCCGGAGAGUGACAUGAGUGCGCCGCAGCGUCGGCAGCACCAGAAGCGUCGCCAACACCGCCACCGCCAUCACAGUCGCGACAACGGCAGCAUAGGGCAUGAGGAGGAUGCCGCUGCUGCUCAACCGGCAACCACCACCCCUGUAUCCUCGAGCGUGAGCCCGCUUCGACUGCUCGGCUCGCCCGUAAUGGGCUCCUACAACCCAUGUGACCCACAGUUCCAGGAGCUGCUGCAGCAGGUGUUUGAGUGCGCAGUGCACGAGGUGGGCACGAGCGAGGCGAGCUUCGCCGUCGGCACGUACGUGAAGAGCUACACAGGUGAUGUAUACGCCAUGUCGGUCUUUCUCGUCGCCAUCUGUCGCGGGUGA